UGCGACUACACUCUAUCAGCGACGUGUAUGGCACAUCGAUGACCCAUUGAUUGGAAUAGUAUUCUCAAAAUAUGACACGAUCAUCCGUCUGUACGUCGGAUGGCUAGAGGACGACUCUCAAGGCCGUGACCUCCCACGCGUGCAUCUCGGCAGCAUAGAGACGUCUGCCACCCUAGAUUUAUCAUCACCGCUCAUAUCUCUUGCCGUCUCGCGACUGCUCAUGAGUCUAGAAUCACCUAUAUGUGAUCUCCGUGACAGCGUUAGGAAUGUUGUGGGCACCAUUGCCGCCGAGACCCAAACCCACACGGCCCGUUCUUGGCGGGUCGAUUCGGACGCUCGGGAAGAAGACGCUGUUUUCCCUUCAAAGAUGCAGAACAUCCGAGAUAGGAUUAUAAAGUGGCAGGAGAGCCAGAAAUAUUCAGAGGACGUGCCACCACGGACCAGCAGUCCCGCUGCGGUUCGACCUGCGCGAGAAGGUCCAUCCAUCCCGGACAUCGUUAGGCUUGGUGAAGGCGAGGACACGACCAGCCCACCUGCCAGUGAAAUGUUUGACACCAUUCCAACUUUGCUUCAAGUUUCGCAAAUGUCAUGUUCUUGCUUUGCGGACACCUCGGAGGCCAAUGAUGACAGGAUGUUUAGUUGGCUAUUGGAUCGAAAAGUAUUGCCAAAGUCUCUCGCAUUUGAUCCGAAGUUCUUUCAUGAUGAAUACAUUGCAAUGACGGGCUUCAUUUGGCCGAUGACGUGGAACGUCAGAGACAAUCUACCGCCCGUUGAUGCUGCACUUGAGCCAUGCAUCCAAGAGUUGCUCGCUAGUGUUGCCAUUCUGAAGUCCCGAAACGCAGUGAAACUUUUCCAUCCGGAUGAAUUCCCAUUCGAUUUGCGAAUUCUUGAACAGUGUUUCUCUGCGAUCUUCCAAGCGCCCCGCCGUUCCCGCGAAAAGAAAGUUAUUGGCGAUGAGUAUGAAGUAUCGUGGCGUCAUGACCAUGAUCGUUUUCUGUUCGACUUCUUCAUACGUCUCGUUCAGGUCGAUGCUGGAACACUCUUGGGUGGCGACAAGCCCGUCGCACAUCUUGAAGAUUUACAAGUUCGCCCAACGUGCGUUGUUGUUGACAUAAUGGAUCAUUUCUGACAACCCUCUAGUCUUGAAACUACCCUCCGCUUUCCCAAGAGCGAUUUGCUGCAACGCGCCACAUGGGAAUUUGAAGUUUUGGUGUUUCGGCUACUUGAGUUUGAUCCUGACAUCACGAGAAGAUGGCUCGAUUCA